AUGCGCAGAUGUCUCGAGUAUGCCCAGCUGAGAAGAUACUUCCACUGCUACCAUCUUGCACCGCGAUCUCCUCUCCGACGUCUUCGAUACGAUCGGAGCUUACUGUGGGCGAAACCUCACGACCGACAUGCCUUACCAUCUCUCAAUAGCCGCUUGCUAUCCUCCGCUCCCCCGACUCCAGACCAGGAUGCGUCGCCCCCGUGUGGCUGGCCAGACGUCUCCUCUCCUCCUUUGCCCGCCGCUGGAAGCGAUGCAAAGGUGAGACAUGAAAAUAACACGGAGUCAUACAACGGGCAUCGAUGUGAUCCAGGCCAUUGGGUAUCUUUGCUAGAACAGUUUCUGCCCAGUCAAUUGCGCCGUACCGACAAACAUGAGCCUCCGAGUAUCUCGCAUGAUGGCUCUGAUCUCAAUAAGCUGAUUGGUAUCCUCACCAAAGCUAGCGCUUCCGAAGACAUUGACAUCCUGGGCUUCUUGGUGCUCAGCCAACGCCGUCACAAGGCCGCGGUCCACCUGGCUGACGUGCUGCUGAAUCCCCUCGCUGCCGUGCCCAGCGUACCGGAUGAGGAGCAACUACCGUCCAAUAUCAGCUGGCCGGUAGCCUUAUCUCCCAGUGCCUUGAGGCACCCACUCGAGCUGGAACACGAGCUCCACGUCGAUAAACGAGCAGCCAUUGCGCCAGUCCGGGCAUCUCAGAGCCAGUACAGUGAAAGAGACCGCCAGAGGGUACUGGACAUUGUAUGGCCCUUCCUGGCCAAACUCGUCAUUGCCUCCACUAAAGGGCUCCCGGAGGAUGCUAGAGAUAUCAUGAAUACUGUACAUCAGAUUCUUGCACGCAUGCACAGUUUAGACCUUGUACCUCCGACUGUCUAUACCUAUUCACCACCACAAGGAACCACAACCAUUCAGAAGCCUCCAAUCCUCAACCUCUUGAAUUCGAGGAUCCUCUCGACACUUUCGGAUGCGGUGUGGCGUGCGCAGCAGGAUGACGCUAUCGCGCAAGCACGGGAAAAGGGCAAGCCCUUGCGGGACGUUUCGCACCACCCACCAAGCAGUCGCUUCCGCCCCCGAGUUAAGGAGCUGGGACCAGAGUUAUGGUUAGAAUUCAUCCUUUGGUGCAGCGUCGAAGGAGGUCUCGCAUCGACUGGAACUCGCAUCAUCGACUUGUUGCGCGAGGAUGCCGACAAUCGAUGGUCCGCUAUAAAUUGGACUGCGGGUCAAGCCAUAGACAACGAAACCCCAUGGGUUGAUUGGGAUCGAGUCAAGCGCCGCCAUGAUAGUCCUGUCGGCCAAAGAGAAGCCUACAGUUGCGAUCAGCCAUUUGAGGAGAUGCCGCGCAGAACGAUUAGCGCAGAGGUUAUCCUUGCUCUCGUCGACUGCUUGGUUACCAGUCUUGAUGCAGGAUCGGCUCAUAGCGGAUCGGCUGUCGAGAGAGUCGCAAGGGAAAUUCUUCAACUUGUUUCACUCCUCAAACCACAUGGGCUUCCUCCAGCAUAUUUCGACUAUCUUACAGUCCGGUUUCUCCAGACUGAGACCGUGCGUAUGCAAGGAGGACCAGACACCCUCCGAGACUGGGUGAUGGCUCUCUCUCAACUUUGCUCACUCGACGCUGUGAAAACACAAUCCCGAUCUAGAGCCAGCUUCGACUUUGAUGCAGUCAUAGAGCGCUCAGAAUUGCAGGCAGGGCUUCUCCACCAGGCAUUGCAAAUCUACGUCGAUCUUAAUCUCGUCACGAAGGCGGUCGACACGUUCACGGACAUUCAAAAGUUGGUCGACGUCAGUAAGUUGGAAACGAUUGGCGAAUUUCUUGCUUCGAGCAUUCGUCCUCGAAAUGGAUUCUUUACAUCCAGAGCGAGGGGUCAUAUUGACUUCAACAACUCACACGGUCAACUCCCCAUGUACAAGAUGGCUCCUUUCCUCAAGCUGGUAGCUGAUGCCAGGUUGUUUGGCCUAGGGGAUUGGCUGCUGUUUUCAGAGGAUGUCGACGGACCUCUCAUACCUUUUUCCGCAUAUCGCCAGCCUUCGAUAGCGAUCGCGCUCUGUCGUUACGCUGCGGCCAAGGAUGAUCGUUCUCUUAUCCAGUCGAUUCUCUUGGUCCGGAAAGGCACUAGCAGAAGGCCGACAGUGAGUCUUCUGAGAGCUCUUGUCAAUUCGCAAAUCAUCCUACAAGAUUGGGAUAAUGCGGUCUUUCUUCUGCAAGAGUUGAAAGCUGCUGGAGGGGGCGGUUACAGCCCGGAUAUUGUUGCUCAUCUUGCGGCCGCGAUCUUGCGAUUGGAGAUAGAGCCACCCGGUCACGACCGUGACAACCAUGUCGACCAGGCGACUAGAUUACUCCGAGAUAUAUUGGAAGGCCGCUAUAACCCUUCCGCCGGGGAUUUCCGAAUUGAUCAGAAGCUGGCUUUCAAACGACAGACUGGGCUUUUGCUACGGUUCCUGGAAAACGUGCCGGACAGUGGGGUACAAGCCCUCUCAACCCAAUUUGGGCAACUCUUCCCUCUCAGCAACGAGGCUUUGCUACCUCCUAACACUUUCAACAUUUUGCUUUCUGCAGUUGUUGAGAGUCGAGGAGCUCUGGAGGGUCGUCGGAUGUGGGAUAUGUUUUGCAAGGUCGCGGAUGUCCCAACGAGUCCCACAGCCGUAGAAGGCGAGCCCUUCCAUCCAACCGAUGUUUUCGUCGAAGAUGACGCAACGUUGACCGAGUCCAGCUCGGACCCAGACCGAAAUAAAGCACGACCAGCGUCCAGGGUUGGAAGUGCCCCGGCUGAUGUGGGAUCUUCACGUCGUCGGUUGUCAGAAGUGGUGGACCGACCCUCAUUGGUUACAGGCAUGGACAGCUCGUCCGAAGACAUUCCUUUUGUGCGAACAGAAACACGUGAAGAAAGUUCCUCGACGAACCCAAUUGUGAUUCCGAACAUGCGGACUCUGCAAAUUAUUGUGGGAGGCGCCCUGGCAGAGAAACAAGCGGAACCAGGGGUUUCAAGGGAGACGCUUGAAGAGCUCGACCAACUGCUGCAGUGGGCCGGACCGCUUUUUAAAGGAGGCAUUCACUCGACGUUCGCGGAAGACGCCACGGCAAAGGCAAAGACGAAUGUUGUCGGAGCAGAACAGGCCAAGGGUGAGCAGUCAAUUUACCAGUGGAGCGCGAAUGCCGAGACCGCCGCCUGGCCGGAGACAAAGCAGCCCACGGCCACACGGUGA